CCAACAUCAAACCCCUUUUAUUUUCCUUUCUCUUGGAUCCUACGCUUCCCACAUCUUCCAGCAGCGCAAAUCCCACCUUCACCAUUCUCCCCCAUCUCCGCCACCACCACCUUCAUCACUUACCAAAACUUACUGUUAAGUGAAUGUAAGAUCAUUGAUUGGUUAAAAAAAGGAGAACCCAUUUGCGCAAUCAUACUAAACUAGUAAACAAUGGAGAGCUUCAGUGCAGAAGAUCUUUCAACGAUUGGAGGAAUCGCCACAGUUUCUCUUCUCCAUUCUUUUAUUCCAACACAUUGGCUUCCUUUCUCCAUUGUUGGGCGUGCCCAAAAAUGGACUCUCUCUAGAACUCUCCUCGUCACUGCAUUUGGGGCAGUUUUGCAUGUGCUAUCCACUUCACUUCUUGGUAUAACAGCAAUCACCAUGGCAAAUACUAUCGCUGGUGAAGAAACAGUUCACAAACUUGCUUCACUUUUGCUUAUAGUUCUUGGUGGUUGUUAUGUUAUACUAUUUCUGUCUGGGAAGGGAGGGCAUAGUCAUUCUCAUAACCAGCCUAUGGAGAAAAUGGCUGUCGUUGGGCUCAUUCUUGUUCCUGCAUUAUCUCCUUGCGCAACCACGCUUCCUGUUUUUCUUGCUGUUGGUAGUUCAUCCUCCAUGAUGGUGCUUGCCAUCAUUGUGCUGCUAUUCAGCACUGUAACUGUGAUGACAUCACUUGUGGCUCUAUCAUUCUACGGUGCCAGCCAGCUCAAGUUUCAUUGGGUUGAGCGAUAUGACAAACUUCUUGUUGGUUCAGUUCUAUGUAUGGUAGGAAUCCUGACGCUUAUGUUUCAUGAUCACAAUCACGAAGGACAUGGAGGUUUCUCAGGGGAGCAUUUGAAUAGGAAAAUCAUCGGGCUUUGAGUUACAUUUCUUUUCCCUUGGUAUGAUGCUUUGAAUGUAUUAUAUCUACACAUGUAUCUUUAUUGCUUUUUAGUUUUAGCCAAGAGGUGUCUAUUUUUCGAGAGUCAACGGAACUCAAAGUGUACAGUGGUGAAAUUAAGCCAUAACAUUUUGGCAUGGAAUACAGUUUUGGAGAAUAUCAACUCCAGUUUUUA